CGUCUGACAGGAUGACUUGCAUACCUGCAGUGCAGUGGACGGAGUAUCAAGCGCCGAGAGCCCGAUGCGAAACGCAAACUCCAUCAUCUGGGGGCCCUCAUCAGCUGCUUCUCAAGCAUAUAUAAAGUGAUACCUUUUCGAGCUGCGCGUCCAUGCAAUAUCACGUACGCUGGGAAGCUUAGACACCGUCGCUUCACAGACGAAGUGGUCUUUCCAGAAGUUGAAAUAGCCUCGAGCCCUCUGCGGCCGGUGCCGUCGCCGGCCCGGUCGAAAGAGGCGCGGAAGGCCCCAAACAAACCCAUGAGGAAACCCGUCGGAGAGGUUCAAAACUUGUGUGCCAUGUGAGUUUUGUGCCGGGUUUGUACUGCUCGCGGUUCCUUUUGGGACAUGGCAGCCGACGCGUCUGUAUCGAUGUAAAGCAGGGUUUGUGAUUGAUAAUCGUCCCUAAAGAUGGAUUCAGGAGCCGGCAACGAGAGCGGCAAACUGUUAGAUAUUGAGCUUGACGUCCUGGCACAACAACCCCGGCUCAAUCGGUUGUACACUCAAGUCACGUUAUGUUUCGGACUUCCCAAUGACUCCCCCUUGCUUGAGUCAAAGAUCAUCAACAACCUGAAGAGAGGGAUUGAUCGGCUGACUGCGAGUUUCCCAUGGGUCGCAGGAAUCGUCGUCAGCGAUAAUGGUGCAUUCAAGAUCCGCCAGUCUCAGGACUCCUUGGCUCUUGUUGUCAAAGACUUGAGGAAUGACCCCGACUUCCCUACAUGGGACAUCCUCAGCAGAUCCAGUUUCCCAUUCAGCAUGCUCAAUGAGGACAUCAUUGCACCUCACAGGACACUCGCAGACUCCGACACGAGCACUUCAGGGCUGCCAGUGUUUCUAAUCCAAGCCAACUUCAUCAAAGGAGGUCUUCUCCUCACUUUUAACGCCCAGCACGGGUCAAUGGAUAUGGCUGGUCAAUCCCAAAUCAUGCGACUUUUCGCAAAAGCUUGCCGCGAUGAACCCUUUACACCCUCAGAAAUUGCCAUUGGCAAUCUGGAUCGCAAGACCAUCAUCGAUAUCCUCGACGAUGACAGUGAUGACGAGUUGCCCAAGCAUACUAAAAAGACUGUAUCACAAGGACAAUCAAAGCAACCUGGAUCGCCAGAACAUCUGGUGUGGGCGUACUUUAUCUUCUCUGCCAACUCACUUGCGGCCCUCAAAGCUCUCGCCACGGAGGCAGUCCCGGCAGACAACUUCGUUUCGACAGACGACGUUCUGAGCGCGUUCACAUGGCAGUCAAUAUGCAGAGCACGCAUGGCACACUUGGCCGACCAGCAAAGCCGCGCCUCAACACUCUCCCGAAACGUCGACAUGCGGCGCUGCUUGUCCAUCCCUCCCACAUACCCAGGCUUUGUCACACAUUCGACCGUGCACACGUCGCCUGUCGAUGUUUUGGUACAGGAAUCAGUAGGUUCUGUCGCGCUCCGCCUUCGCUCGGCCCUCAACGGCCCGACAGUGAGCCAUCAGACGAGGCUGCAAGCAACUCGAAUCAAAGGCGGUAAGGACAUGGCGGCGUUCGCGACCUCGAGCGUGCCCAAGCUUGACGUGCGGCUGAGUUCUUGGGCCAAGGAGAAGUGCUACGAUCUUGACUUUGGUUUCGGCAAGCCAAGUGCCGUGCGGAGACCGCGGUUCACCCAGGGCGCCAGGGAGGGACUGGUGUAUUUCCUACCGAAGGCGCUGGGUGGUGAGAUCGCGGUGGGAGUAUGUCUGAGGGGGGAGGACAUGGAGAGACUUAGGACGGAGGAGGAGUUUGGCCGGCUUGGCACGUAUAUUGGAUGAGAGGAUGGUAUGUUGCUUACGCCCUCCCGGCCUGGCUUGUCCUGUCCGCGAUUCUCUCAUGCGACGGUGGCAGCGUUACCCACUGCUACCGGGC